UAUAUUAUCCAUUAUUGAAAAUAUUUCUUUUGUUUGUAGUAUACAAUAUUUUACUUCACAAUUUCAAGUGCUCCUAUUAUUUUAAUCGUUAACUGCUGUUGAAGUUAUCAAUCUCAGCACUUUCUGCUCUGCAAUCCGCACUAUUAGAAGUAUCGUACUAAACCUGGAAAUCGGAAUAUGCAUGAAGGAUUAACUUUUGCGUGACGAGAAAGAUAUUAAAAUGGUGACACAGGUUUCAUUGGACUGUGAACUUUGUCAAUGUCCGGAUAAUAUUGGAAAUAAAGAUGGGAAUGGUAGCAUGCCCACAUCUUCACCGGAACAAGCUGCUCUGCAGAUGCCCGGAAAAAAACCGACAAGACAAUGGGCUGCUUGGACCCGUCAAGAAGAAGAAAGCUUUUUUGUCGCAUUACGACAAGUUGGCAAGAAUUUUGAGAAAAUCACAUCACGUGUCCAGAGCAAAAACAAGGAUCAGGUUAGGCAUUAUUACUAUCGACUUGUCAGGCGAAUGAACAAGUUGCUGUGCCCAGAACUUUGCCUGGACGCCAAAAACUCAAAAGACACCAAUGCUGCCAUGCUUCGCUGGUGGUCAUUGCUGGAAAAGUAUAGCUGUAAAGCUUCUAAGCUUCAUCUAAAACCUAGAAGAUUUAAGAUAUUUUUGGAGACUCUGGAGAACCAACUUUUGAGGGAUCGGAAAAAGAAUACUAAGAAGAGACUGUCUACUGGAGAAAAUAAUACUUGUGUACCAAACAUCACAAAUCAGGUCAGAGCACCAGGGCAUGACAACCGUGCAGUUAAAAUGGUUCUUCUUGACAGCCAGAACAUCGAGAAAGUUGGAACUGGAAAGGUAUCUUUGUUUAAGCGCCACGCCAAUAUAGGAAUAAGCCGCGCCAACUGCAAAGUAGACCAAGCUGCUGUAAAGGCAGUGAAACAUCGGCGGAAAAAUGGCCUUGCAUCAGCUUCUGCAUAUGAAAGAUGGGAGAAGGCUGCCAUUGCUGGAGUUUCAUUGGUGGCUGAUGCUGCUGAACAAUUGGAACGGGUGGACACUGAUAAAGAGGCUGAAUACCAGGAAACACCAGGUCAUGAUGGUCCUCAACUUGUUGCGGAUAUGGCACGCUCUCCACAAAAAUCUACACGAAGCACGCUCAAUGAAGACAACAAUCAGAACCCGUCAAAGCUUAAACUCCAGUUGUUUCCAAUCGACGAAUUUACUCAAAAAGACUUGGAAAGGAAUCAUCAUAACCCUUAUCUGGAACUUACUUUGAGUACACGGAAGAAAAUAUCAUCUGUGGUGGAACACCUCAAUCGCAAAUGGGGAAACUCAAGGCCGUUAGAUCAAGAGCUUACACUUUUUCCUUACUGGGCACAGAGAGAAAACCUGGUGGGGUAUCAGAAGUGGAGUAAGGACUCUACUCUGUGUGCAGCAGAUGUACAUUACAAAGUCGGAAGCCCCCCGGUAUUCCGCCUCAGAUAUGGCUGGUUUUCAAAAGCAGAGAUUGAAUCUGCAACUGCUCAAGCACUUUCUCGUACUAAUAUCAAUGAAACAAGAAAGAAGAACGAUGAACCAGUUAUCGUUUUGACUCCCUCCUCCACAUCUACUCCAUCUAUAACAGUUGCGUGUGAUAUCCCUUUAUCCAAUGUCAAUACUUCAGGAUACUCUGAUAGCACUGCAAUUGAAUUACUACCUAGAGAAGCAAGUGUAGAUUUGACACAUUCUAGGCAAGUCGAGAACACGAAGGAUAUGCCCUUGUCUUCUGGGGAAUGGGCUGACAGUCUUACGAACAUAAGUAUGGGACAGCUGCUAUCCGAGACAACGCCAAACACAGAUGCCAACUGCAGUGAUUUUCUGGGGCCUCUAGGUUCAAACUGCCAGCAGAUUCCAUUCAACUGCGACUCUUUUGAUGCUGCAAUUGCUGCACACAUUUUUAAACACCAAACCAAAGUCCAGCAGCAGAGCCUUGCAUCUCAUGCACCUUCCAUCUUUGAUGCUGAAGAAACAUGCGAUGCCUUUUCUUUCAAGAAAACUAGCGCUUUCUUUCGUGAAAACCACAAUGCAAGUAUGAAUGGUUCCAAAGACGCCCAUAAGCAACCUACUAUAACUAGCCCUUCAAUAUCUCACCAUAAAGUUGAGGAAUUGCAUGGAGGAGAGAAAUUGACUGAUUACAACUGCAUUUGUGAAGACCUCGUGGACGAAUCUGAACCUGAUAAUCCUAUAGAAAACCCCACCAUGGAUUUCUCUGGCCUCACAGAUAUAUAUUGGCCGGACUCUUUAGGGCCGUUAGACUUGGACAUUCCCUCCUGUAGAUACCAAAGCAACGACCUAAUUCUUAGCGAUAGCCUAGGUGGUUUGAACCGCCUGAUAGCUAACAGUCUGGACGCGCUCCAGAGCUGCUCUUUCUUUGGGUCGGAGAAGAAAGAAGUUGUACCGAAAGCAGAAACUCACCAAAACGCUUCCUUCUUGGAUAUCAAAAUGGGCAGUGAAGUUUAGAACUCUGCUAGAGACAGAGAAAAACGUAACAGUUGUAAUCUAAAGCUUAUGUUGUUAGGCUAUGGCCGCUGUAUAGAGAAGUGGCAUGUUGUCCAGUGGUUCUUUGUUGUACAAAAUUGGAACUCACUUACGUCUCGACAUGCUCGUAGUUGAGGCGACUCGAAUUCUCGACCUGUUUAUUGGAGGGAAAACGACUAAUUA